AUGCGGCCCCUGCUCUGCGCGCUGGCCGGGCUCGCCCUGCUCCGCGCCGCCGAGUUCAGGCAGCACCUCCUUGAAGAAGCCCACCUGGCUAUGGAGGUGACCAGGGCCAUAGAGACAACUGCUGAGCCCUUUGUGCCCUCCCGUGGAGACCCGGCCUGGAACGCAGGGUGUGACAGACACAUGGCUGUCCACCACCGUUUAGACGUCAUAGAGGAGACGGUGGAGAAGACAGUGGAGCACCUGGAAGUAGAAGUGAAAGGCUUGCUGAGUCAGCUGGAGGAACUGGCCUGGAACCUUCCCCCGCGGCCCUUGGGCCCCGCCCCCGACUUCCUCGGAGACGGAGUUCCGGGGCUCGCGGAGGGGCCUGCAGCACUCAGCGAUCUGAAAGAGAGCUAA